UCUGCGACAAGAUCUUGAUACUUAGACAAUAUUUCGAUUACCGCCAACGACCAAAAGAAUUCUUUCAAUUCUCACUCACCCACCGUCAAGAUGUCUCAAUACGUUUCCGCUGAUUUGAUCUGGGAGGUUACCAGUACGUUUACCUCUUUUUGUUGUUGGAAUAGGGCAUAGGGUUGGAAAUUGGAGGUUGAAGGUGUUUGGAUAGGACUUGGGAGGAUUGAGAAUUGAAGUUGGGACUUUGGUUCUUAAAAUCAUAGGAUGAUGGGGAAGGAAUGCAAUAAAAACGGGACAAUCGCUGAUGGUUUGGAAUCUAUUUAGGAUCCCAGAAUGCUUUCUUGGUCAAGCGCACAACUGGUGGUGGAAGCACAUUCUCAAGAGACCCUUUGAACUUGACCAACAAGCACUCCAGAAAGGUACGGAUUUCUCAGGAAUACUUUUACCACAAUUAGAUGGAAUGCUUCCAAAUAAGUAUAUAAGCUAAUUGGAUUUUAGUAUGCUGGUUUCGUCAACGACAAGGUACGAUACGAAUUCGAUCCGCUUAUGACAACAACACAUGAGGGAUUAUGAUUUGAGGUGAAGGGUACUGAUUAAUCUAUGGAUAGGCCGUUGGUGUUGUCCCAGCUGAGAAGGGUGUUACUUUGAUCACCAAGAAGACCUCUGCUAGCCAAAAGCCAGCAUCUUCUUUGAACAAGAGCACCUUCAGCAAGUCCGGAAGAAAGUACGUCUGACUCGGCUAUAGAAUCUCUUCGAACCCAGGAAUGAAUUAUGAUACUAAUGAUUCCUCAAAAUAGGACCUUCGCUGGUGUCGCAAAGACCGUCGCCAAGGAUGGAUACAGAUCUGAUCUCCGUGCUGAAGCUGUCGCCCGUUCCUCCGCUAUCCUCGAAUCCCAAACUCCAAAGAAAGAUGCCCCAGCACCAAAGCUUAGAGGAUCCAAGGCCGCCAAGGCUGCUGAGAAGGAAGAGUAAAGGAUACCUAUUUGAUAUAGUUGGGGAUCAGGGGGAAUUGAUUAUUGUUUAACUGGUUGGGUCUGGUCCUGUGGCUCAGGUACUCUUAAUGAGUGGAGUAGUCUAUUUAUGACAUUUGAGACGGGCAUACAAACUAGUUUUCAAUGAAUCGGUUACAUCAUGAUGAUUCGAGAUGUCGAUGGGAUUUCAAGUGAAGGUUAUGAAAUGAUUAUGAGACUAGACAGUGGAGUUGAUUGAAUGUUCACAAGCACGGAAACUCGGCAUCAAGCAUGAAUGCUCAACAUUUCACCACGGCAGAGCUCAGCCAGUCAAAAGCUGAAUUGCUACGUAUAGACAUGUGAAUAUGGCAAGCGAGGAUAUGUAGACCUCACCUCCCUGAUGCAAAUGUCUAUAGAUGAUAGACGUCCGUAGACUUCCGAACCCGAGGGGAAUAUAUUAUGUUGUACCUGGGCCAU